AUGCAAAGUUUUACAAUUUUCAAUAUUGUUCAGUAAUUGAAACGGCGUUUGUCAACGUCUUCUAUCGAGAAUGAAAUCUCUGAUGAUGAGUUAUCUGAAAGCGAGCGGAUUGAUGAAGACAAGCUCAAGAAGACUGUGGAACAAUUAGAAAAGUUUGAUGAUUCGUCCAUUGCACAUGUCAUCAAGCAGAAUAUAGAGGAGAGCCACAAGAAGCAAAGGUUACCUCUUCACUGGGAUCCUCGCAAUGCAAGUCGUACUCCAUCAGCGAAAAAGAUGCCGCACUUACGCUUCCGCUACGACGUUCCUAUCAAUGCAUCGCCUUCUCGUCACCUCAAUCGUCCCCGACCUUGGGUGGCCUGGCAAGGUGGAGAGCGAUCGCAGGGUAAUACGUUGCCUUGCUUCCACAUUCCUGAAAGCAGAGGAAGUACGAUGCGUGCAGCUACGAUGCCAACAAGUUAUAAUUAUGGAACUCUCUCUAUGGAAAAUUUGGACACCACUAUUAGUAGCAAUUUUUCCG